ACCCUCCCCGCUCCGUUCCCCUCCCGGCCUCCUCUCUCUCUGCUCUCUCUCUCUCAUACGGACAAAUUCGGCUCGCCGCUUUGUUUACAGCGGCGACGCAAGCCACGCAGCGAGCCGCGGUUGGGUUGGCGUUGCGUCUCCCCUCCGACACCGAAGCUUCCUCCGGGGACAUCUCCCUUCCUCCCUCCGACCGCCCGCCGCAACCCAAAUCGCCGAUCUCCACCGGCGACGUUGCCCGGCUGGGCCUCGGCUUCCGAUUCCGUGUGGCGACGGACCGGAUCGGCCCGAAGCGAGGUACGGCACCUCGAUUCAGCUGUUUUCCCUCUGCUUCUCGCGCGAUCGGCGGUUUGGUCCGGGUCCGGGUACUCGUGUAGUGCCCAGGAUUCCCCAGCCUUCGCCGCCGGUGUAGGGAAUUGGGAUAGGCCCGGUUGUGGUUGUGGCGGCACAGGCGGCGAUUUGACGCGCCGUGAUCGAGGGACAUGCGAGGCGUGCUUUAGAAAUGUUGAGCCGUAGAGAGAUUUUCUGUUUUGCUUCUUCUUCUUCCCCCUGUGGGAUCGAAUCGGCCGAUGUGAGUUCCUUGUUGUUUAUUAAGGGGAUCGUAUGAUUACGGAUACAAGAUUUUUUUUCUGGUAAACCAUCAAGCUACCAUAAUUGUUUUCUGGAUAGGGUACAAUUAAUAGAAUGAGUCCGAGUUUAAUUCUGCAGCCAAAGUUGGCUUUUUUUCUUUACUCAAAACAUGUGGUUUCUAUUUAGGGGAUGUACUCCUGACCUUUUUUUUGGUCUCCGCAACCAAGUAAUGUUGUGGUACCUAUUCAAUCGGAGUAAUUGUUCCCCAUUUCCAUGUUGUGUGGUUUCCAUUUAAAUCUUUUUUUUUCAUUUGUGUGUGUCGAAUCAAAUUCCCCGAAAAAAACAUUAUUUAUGUUGAAAUGCCUGUUAUGAUGUUUACCAUAAUCUGCGACUUUGGGCCUACUGUUUCGAUCCAAGUUACCCCUUGGGUAUGUAGUCUCUGCUUUGGCAUCUUGAGUUCCAUCGAUGAAGAAUGUACUAACUCCAUAUAGAUGGGUCAGAUACGUGUUUGCUUUUGUUUUACUUGAGCACUCGAAUAGGAUGUGGAGAUGCUACAGUAGGAUUUCCUCUCGGAGCUCCACCAUUUCGAUACCUCUGGAGCACUUGUCAUCGAUGUGGAGCUCCACCAUUUAGGAUGUGGUGGUGGUGAUUUUGCUACAUGAGACAUCUGAUUUUUUUUUCUUCUGAAUGUUGAAUGCUGCUGUCGAAUCUGAAUGAUGUUUAAUGGCAUUGUUUGGUGGUCAUUUAUUUGGUUGGUUAUGUGAUGUCUUGAUUAACCCUGUCCCCUUGAGGACUUACAGAUUAAUAGUACAUUUGCUGCCUUAUCACCUUCGUUCUAACCUAUUUUUGUAUUUUGUUUAUAGUGUAAACAUGAAUCUGACAUUAUCAUUUGUAGGAUGAUGUUAGGCUGUUGUGAAUAUUGGUAAGUCAGAGUGAUUAUUUAGUAUAUCCUUCAACACUUUUUUGGUUAUGAACUUGAUCAUGCAUAGGGAAGGUGUUUCUAACCUCUCAGUUAUGUAGAACUGGAAAGCAAGAGCUGAUACACGAGAAAAACUGCAGCUUGCCUCCAGUUUUGCGUGCUGAUUCUGAUUAAUAUUUGCAAGAUGAACCUUAUCCGAAAGAAAUCCAAGCUACUUAUCUGUUCAAUUUGGAGUGGGGUGGAUUUACCAAUGAGCAGAGGAAGGGCAGAAGCGCACCCGCCAAGAAUUUUAGGAAUGACAUAGUUUGGGGCCUCUGGGCAUGUAUUGCUUGGAGCAUUUCUUCUUUCAUUUCCAUCUGCCUUUUCUGUUCUUUGUAUAUUUUGUUUCUUUUGUGCUAUGUAUAGUAAAAUUAAUUUUAUUUGAUUUGUUAAUAAGAAUGUAUGAAAAGUUUGGAAGGAAUAAUGUGAUAUACAAUGUGGUUGUAAAUCUAUUUUAUAUGAGUGCCUAUUUGUAUAUAAAAAAUGGUUAUUUUUUUCUAGUUUCUGGAGCCUUUAUGGUACACUUGAAAUUCUACUUGACAUUAUCACAGGUCAUUUUGCGUUGUUAGGUUCCAUGUAGCUGACUUUUGAUAAUUUCCCUUGUCAGUUUGUAUCUAGUACUAUCGUUGUGGGAGAUAAGGACACUUUCAAGUGCCAAUAUCUGUAUUCCGUAGUGUAUUUACCAGCAGUUUACCUGUCAAGGGAUGUAUACCUUAUAGCGCAUUUGCUUGUCAAUCAAGGAAGAAUAAUUUGGACUGCAUAUAUUUCACAAUGUAAAUAUCUCAUAAAAAUAGUGUUUCUUCCAUAUGUUUUGUGUGACUUUUCAGUUGUAUGAAUUGAUUGAAAUUCUGAAUCCUUGUGUUGUUUCAUCUUGCUGUCCAUCGAUGUGUUCAUUCAGAAAUGUGUUUUUCUAUCCAUGUAUAUUGAAUAUGGAAUGCACUUUAAUGAUUUUGGUACUUUUUUUUGUGAUAUCUUAGGCACACAAUAUAUGUAGUGCCGCAUUGGUGACAUAGCAAUAUUGGUGACCUAGCAAUAUCUUAGGCACAUAAUAUCAUGGCAAUUUAUGCUUUCAUUUGGGUCUUUAACUCUUAAUGUUAUGUGAUGCUGGAUUAUUGAUAUCGAUUUUGUUUUCCAUUUCCAGAUUAUUAAGGGCUGGCGCACCUGACUUCUUGUUUUAUGGCUCGGAAUAACCAGGGUCAUCUCCAGCUGCCAGAGAUGGAUCAUAUUCAACCCAAGAACAUCCCACACAAUGAAUCACUGCCUCUAGGCCAGAAGCUUCUACUGCAUCAUGGAAGUGAUGCGCCCCUUAGAAUUGGUCAUUCUACUCAUGGGAAUAUGGGACAUAGAAUAAAUGAUCUUCCAUCUUCAAGUCGCACUGUGCAAACUCUAGGUUAUAGAGUUGGGAACCCAGGAACCUCACACGCUCCCUUUGUUCACUACCAUGCUGGAAGUUCCAGUAGCCAUUUACCAGCAGAACCUGCUGUGGAUUAUCUACAUAGGUCUGAGGAAGGCUUUGCUCCAGUGGGUUCCCAUAUAGACAACAGAAGGGCUGCAAUGAAGCGAAAAGAUCCCAGUGUACACCCUGCGGGGAUCAGUGCUACUGGUUAUUAUGUUGGAAGUUGUUCCAAUACUCAGCCAUCUAACUUUGUGCAGCCAAAUCCUGCUCCACUUGCUGAGCCCUUGCUUCAUCAAAUACCUUUAAGCAUUGACCAAAGUGGUUGGGAUGGCCAACACUUAAUUCAUCAAGAAGGAUUCCAGAGGAAUGUGAGAGCACGCCACAGUCAUAAUAUUUCAUUAGAACCCAGAUCAGCUUCAACCUACCCACUAAACAGUGCUCACAUGUCGUCAUUUGGUUCAACUGCAAGUGCUUCCUCAAGUACAUCAGUCGAAAGGAACCAAGCACCUGUUUCUCUGCCAACAAGAACUGUUCCAUCAGGUGCACCAGGUAUCACUAGCAGGGCCCUGACAGGGAGGGCCUACUAUCCUGUGGUUGGAAGCAGCAGCCCAAGUGUUGGUGCUGUCCCAACUAUCCAUGGAUCAUCUGGCACUGCAAUAUUUGCUAAUGGUGGCUAUGCUCCUAGUACUGCUCAUACUGGAACUGUUCCUAUCUACCCUAAUGGAGCUCCUGCUACUUCAUCUGGCUCUAGAGCCAUGCCCCAUCAGAUGGUCAUUCAGAAUCAUCCACAUGCUACCUCUGCAGCAACCUCUACAUCCAUGCGUGACAGAAUUGCUGCGGCUUCUAGACAUGCAAGACAUGUAUCAGUAGGGCAUGCUAACAAUGGAAGGUACAGAAGGGCUAGGAGCUCUUACUACAGUCUUCAUCCAUUGAUGGUAGAGGCAGAGCGGUUCAUGAUGGACCAGUUAGUCUUUUACGAAUCAAGAGCAGCAGCUGCUGACCCCCACAGGGACAUGAGACUGGACAUUGACAACAUGAGUUAUGAGGACCUGUUGGCUUUGGGAGAAUCUAUGGGUAACGUCAGCACAGGCUUGGCUGAUGAAAAAAUUUCGAAGUGUGUGAAAGAAGUGGUCUGUUGCAGUUCUGGCCAGAUGCAAAUUGAUGAAGAUGACCAAGAUGAUGGAAGCUGCAUCAUUUGCCUGUCUAGUUGUGAAAGCAACUAAUCAUCAAUCAAGUGGUUAAAAGCUCAUGUCCUGGUUUUCGGAUUCUCCGACACUUGAAAUCAGUUGCGAGGUACUUCUCUGGUGCCAGCCUUACCUAGGUGAAGUUGCAAUUGAUGGUGGAGUUGCUUAGGGGCAACCAUUGGUGCUUGGUAACUUCGGAUUGAAGGUGUUUUUUCCCCUAAGAGUUCCAUUGAUUAGAAGCAUUAGAAGCAUCUUACAUGGAUUACGAUGUCGUAUGCUGAAGUGAACAUCUGCAGUUGGUUGCUACAUGAGAAAAUAACGGAGAGAUUUAGAGCGUUCCUAGUCUGAUGGGCUAUAAUAUGUGAGGUCACCUAUUCUGGUUUCUAUGAAUCUUAAAGACUUUGUACUCCCUAGUCCCUACAUUCCAAAUCAUGACACAUUUUGGAUUUUUAAAAUUCAUAACUUUUGUUACGCAUCUAGAUAGAGAUUAAAAACUAUUGAAUUUAGAAAUGCCAAAAUGUCUUAUAAUUUGGGACUGAGGAAGUAAGUUGGUUGUAUCUGAAGUAUGAUGAUUGAAGUCCUGAAUGGUUGGGAUGAGCACUGUAACAGAUAUAAAUUGUGUGGGCUGGUUGGACCUGA